CCGCGGCUCCCAGACGGGCUCUCUGAGUCCCUCUCCGAGAGCCGGGCGGGCACGCGUCAUUGUGUUACCUGCGACUGGCCCGCGAGCUGGGUUCGGGUUGUUUUUUUUUUUCCUCCCCUCCCUCCCUCCUCUCUAAGCAGCUGAUCUGAAAGGGAAUAAAAGGCUGCGCAUAAUCAUAAUAAUAAAAGAAGGGGAGCUCGAGAGAAGGAAAGAAAGCCGGGAGGUGGAAGAGGAGGGGGAGCGCCUCAAAGAAGCGAUCAGAAUAAUAAAAGGAGGCCGGGCUCUUUGCCUUCUGGAACGGGCCGCUCUUGAAAGGGCUUUUGAAAAGUGGUGUUGUUUUCCAGUCGUGCAUGCUCCAAUCGGCGGAGUAUAUUAGAGCCGGGACGCGGCGGCCGCAGGGGCAGCGGCGACGGCAGCACCGGCGGCAGCACCAGCGCGAGCAGCAGCGGCGGCGGCGGCGGCGUCCCGAGUGCCCGCGGCGCGCGGUGCAGCGAUGCGGUCCCCACGGACGCGCGGCCGGCCCGGGCGCCCCCUGAGCCUCCUGCUCGCCCUGCUCUGCGCCCUGCGAGCCAAGGUGUGCGGGGCCUCCGGCCAGUUCGAGUUGGAGAUCCUUUCCAUGCAGAACGUGAACGGGGAGCUGCAAAACGGGAACUGCUGCGGCGGCGCCCGGAACCCGGGGGACCGCAAGUGCUCCCGCGACGAGUGUGACACGUACUUCAAAGUGUGCCUCAAGGAGUACCAGUCGCGCGUCACGGCCGGGGGGCCCUGCAGCUUCGGCUCGGGGUCCACGCCUGUCAUCGGGGGCAACACCUUCAACCUCAAGGCCAGUCGCGGCAACGAACGCAACCGCAUCGUGCUGCCUUUCAGUUUUGCCUGGCCGAGGUCCUACACUUUGCUUGUGGAGGCGUGGGAUUCCAGCAAUGACACUGUCCAACCCGACAGCAUUAUUGAAAAGGCUUCUCACUCAGGCAUGAUCAACCCCAGCCGGCAGUGGCAAACGCUGAAGCAGAACACGGGGGUUGCCCACUUUGAGUAUCAGAUCCGCGUGACCUGUGAUGACUAUUACUAUGGCUUCGGCUGCAAUAAGUUCUGCCGACCCAGAGACGACUUCUUUGGCCACUAUGCCUGCGACCAGAAUGGCAACAAAACUUGCAUGGAAGGCUGGAUGGGCCCUGAAUGUAACAAAGCUAUUUGCCGGCAGGGCUGCAGCCCCAAGCAUGGGUCUUGCAAACUCCCAGGUGACUGCAGGUGCCAGUAUGGCUGGCAGGGCCUGUACUGUGACAAGUGCAUCCCACACCCAGGAUGCGUCCACGGCACCUGUAACGAGCCCUGGCAGUGCCUCUGUGAGACCAACUGGGGUGGUCAGCUCUGCGACAAAGAUCUCAACUACUGCGGGACCCACCAGCCGUGUCUCAAUGGGGGAACUUGUAGCAACACAGGGCCUGACAAAUAUCAGUGUUCAUGCCCCGAGGGAUACUCAGGACCCAACUGUGAAAUUGCGGAACACGCCUGCCUCUCUGAUCCCUGCCACAACAGAGGCAGCUGCAAGGAGACCUCCCUGGGGUUUGAGUGUGAGUGUUCUCCGGGCUGGACCGGCCCCACAUGCUCUACAAACAUUGAUGACUGUUCUCCAAAUAACUGUUCCCACGGGGGCACCUGCCAGGACUUGGUUAACGGAUUUAAGUGCGUGUGCCCGCCCCAGUGGACGGGCAAAACGUGCCAGUUAGAUGCAAAUGAAUGCGAGGCCAAACCUUGUGUAAAUGCCAAAUCCUGUAAGAAUCUGAUUGCCAGCUACUACUGUGAUUGCCUCCCGGGCUGGAUGGGUCAGAAUUGUGACAUAAAUAUUAAUGACUGCCUCGGCCAAUGUCAGAAUGACGCCUCCUGUCGGGAUUUGGUUAAUGGUUAUCGCUGUAUCUGUCCACCUGGCUAUGCAGGCGAUCACUGUGAGACAGACAUCGAUGAGUGUGCCAGCAACCCCUGUCUCAACGGGGGUCACUGUCAGAACGAAAUCAACAGAUUCCAGUGUCUGUGUCCCACUGGUUUCUCUGGAAACCUCUGUCAGCUGGACAUCGAUUAUUGCGAGCCCAAUCCCUGCCAGAACGGUGCCCAGUGCUACAACCGUGCCAGCGACUAUUUCUGCAAGUGUCCCGAGGACUAUGAAGGCAAGAACUGCUCCCACCUUAAAGACCACUGCCGCACCACCCCCUGUGAAGUGAUUGACAGCUGCACGGUGGCCAUGGCCUCCAAUGACACGCCUGAAGGGGUGCGCUAUAUUUCCUCCAAUGUCUGCGGUCCCCACGGGAAGUGCAAGAGUCAGUCGGGAGGCAAAUUCACCUGUGACUGUAACAAAGGCUUCACUGGAACAUACUGCCAUGAAAAUAUUAACGACUGUGAGAGCAACCCCUGUAAAAAUGGUGGCACUUGCAUCGAUGGUGUCAACUCCUACAAGUGUAUCUGCAGUGGCGGCUGGGAGGGCGCCUACUGUGAGACCAAUAUUAACGACUGCAGCCAGAACCCCUGCCACAACGGGGGCUCGUGUCGUGACCUGGUCAACGACUUUUACUGCGACUGUAAAAACGGGUGGAAAGGCAAGACCUGCCACUCACGUGACAGCCAGUGUGACGAGGCUACGUGCAACAAUGGUGGCACCUGCUAUGACGAGGGGGACGCUUUCAAGUGCAUGUGUCCCGGAGGCUGGGAAGGAACGACCUGUAACAUAGCCCGAAACAGUAGCUGCCUGCCUAAUCCCUGCCACAAUGGGGGCACCUGUGUGGUCAACGGCGAGUCCUUCACGUGUGUCUGCAAGGAAGGCUGGGAGGGGCCCAUCUGUACGCAGAAUACCAAUGACUGCAGUCCUCAUCCCUGUUACAACAGUGGCACGUGCGUGGAUGGAGAGAACUGGUACCGCUGUGAGUGCGCCCCCGGCUUCGCUGGGCCCGACUGCAGGAUAAACAUCAACGAAUGCCAGUCUUCACCUUGUGCCUUCGGGGCAACCUGUGUGGAUGAGAUCAAUGGGUACCGGUGUGUCUGCCCCCCAGGGCACAGUGGUGCUAAAUGCCAGGAAGUUUCAGGGAGAUCUUGCAUCACCGUGGGGAGCGUGAUACCUGAUGGGGCCAAGUGGGACGAUGACUGCAACACCUGCCAGUGCCUGGACGGGAGGAUCGCCUGCUCGAAGGUGUGGUGUGGCCCCCGCCCUUGCUCGCUGCACAAAGGGCACAGCGAGUGCCCCAGCGGGCAGAGCUGCAUCCCCAUCCUGGACGCCCAGUGCUUCGUGCGCCCCUGCACUGGUGUGGGUGAGUGCCGGUCCUCCAGCCUCCAGCCCGUGAAGACCAAGUGUGCCUCCGACCCCUACUACCAGGACAACUGUGCCAACAUCACGUUCACCUUCAACAAGGAGAUGAUGUCGCCGGGUCUCACCACAGAGCACAUUUGCAGCGAAUUGCGGAAUUUGAAUAUUUUGAAGAAUGUUUCUGCUGAAUAUUCAAUCUACAUAGCUUGCGAGCCUUCCCCUUCUGCAAACAAUGAAAUACACGUGGCCAUUUCUGCUGAAGACAUCCGGGAUGAUGGAAACCCAAUCAAGGAAAUCACCGACAAAAUUAUAGAUCUUGUUAGUAAACGAGAAGGGAACAGCUCACUGAUCGCCGCCGUUGCAGAAGUGAGAGUUCAGAGGCGUCCUCUGAAGAACAGAACAGAUUUCCUGGUGCCCCUGCUGAGCUCGGUCCUGACCGUGGCCUGGGUCUGCUGCCUGGUGACCGCCUUCUACUGGUGCGUGCGCAAGCGGCGGAAGCCCGGCAGCCACGCGCGCUCGGCCUCUGAGGAGAGCACCACCAACAACGUGCGGGAGCAGCUGAACCAGAUCAAGAACCCCAUUGAGAAGCACGGGGCCAACACGGUCCCCAUCAAGGACUACGAGAACAAGAACUCCAAAAUGUCCAAAAUAAGGACACACAACUCGGAGGUGGAGGAGGACGACAUGGACAAGCACCAGCAGAAAGCCCGCUUCGCCAGGCAGGCCACGUACACGCUGGUCGACAGAGAGGAGAAGUCCCCCCACGGCACGCCGGCCAAGCACCCGAACUGGACAAACAAACAGGACAACAGAGACCUGGAGAGCGCGCAGAGCCUGAACCGCAUGGAGUACAUCGUAUAGCAGACGGCGGGCGGAGUCUGAGGGCGCCCGGGGUUCCUGAAGCUUCUCCAGCUGUCCUGUCGUGUUCCGGUCCCAGGCUGUCCUUGAC